AUGGAUCAUUGCAAUGACAGAGGAGAACCCAUCUCAAAGGAAAUCUGGGCCUCCCAUAACAAGAUGGUGAUGCAGCCGCUCGACUCCAACGACCCUGAAGUCUUUGACAUCAUCAAGAAGGAGAAGCGCCGGCAGAGGACGGGCUUGGAGCUCAUUGCGUCGGAGAACUUUGCCAGCCGCGCUGUUUUGGAGGCCCUGGGCUCCUGCCUCAACAACAAAUAUUCGGAGGGCUAUCCAGGGCAAAGAUAUUAUGGCGGGACGGAGUUUGUGGACGAACUGGAGCGGCUGUGCCAAAAGCGAGCCCUUGAAGCCUAUGGGCUGGACCCCCAGAAGUGGGGCGUCAAUGUCCAGCCGUAUUCAGGGUCUCCAGCAAACUUUGCUGUUUACACGGCUCUGGUCGAGCCCCAUGGGAGGAUCAUGGGCUUGGAUCUGCCGGACGGGGGUCACCUGACCCACGGUUUCAUGACUAAUAAGAAGAAGAUUUCGGCCACCUCCAUCUUUUUCGAGUCCAUGCCUUACAAGGUCAACCCCGAGACGGGAUACAUAGACUAUGACCGUUUGGAGGAAAACGCCCGCUUGUUCCAUCCAAAACUCAUCAUUGCAGGGGUCAGCUGCUACUCGCGGAACCUGGACUAUGCCCGCAUGCGGAAGAUUGCAGAUGAGAACAGCGCCUACUUAAUGGCUGACAUGGCCCAUAUCAGUGGCCUGGUGGCGGCCGGCGUGGUGCCCUCACCCUUUGACCACUGCGACGUUGUCUCCACCACGACCCACAAGACCUUGCGUGGAUGCCGGGCCGGGAUGAUCUUCUACCGGAAAGGAGCCCGCAGCGUGGACCCGAAAACAGGAAAGGAAAUCCUAUACAAUUUGGAAAGCCUCAUCAACCAAGCUGUGUUUCCGGGUUUACAAGGAGGGCCCCAUAACCACGCCAUUGCAGGGAUCGCCGUUGCUCUGAAGCAAGCCAUGACUCCCGAGUUCAAAGCCUACCAGCAGCAGGUGGUGGCCAACUGCAAGGCUCUGUCGAAGGCCCUCAUCGGUUUGGGGUACCACAUUGUCACAGGGGGAUCCGACAACCACUUGAUCCUGGUGGAUUUACGCAGCCGAGGGACCGAUGGGGGCCGGGCGGAACGGGUCCUGGAGCUCUGCUCUAUUGCCUGCAACAAGAACACCUGCCCAGGAGACAAAAGCGCUUUGCGUCCCAGCGGCUUGCGGUUGGGGACACCGGCCCUGACCUCCAGGGGGUUCGUGGAGGCGGACUUCCAAAAAGUGGCCCACUUCAUUCACAAAGGUAUAGAGAUCACCUUGCAGGUGCAGAAUGAGAUGAGCCCCAAAGCGACGCUGAGAGAAUUCAAAGAGAAGCUGCUCUCUGAUGGAAAGUACCAAGCGCUGAUGGCGUCUCUCAAGGAGGAAGUGGAGACCUUUGCCGAUUCCUUCCCGCUCCCCGGUUUGCCCGUCCUGUAAAGGAGCAUUAUGGGAUGUUGUACCCGGGACAUUCCACAGAUAUAUAAACCCCACUUGCCUAGUUUCCAACAGGCCUCACAACCUCUGAAGAUGCCUGCCACAGAUGUGGGUGAAACGUCAGGAGAGAAUGCUUCUGGAACAUGGCCAUACAGCCUGGAAAACUCACAGCAACCCAAUGAUUCUGGCCAUGAAAGCCUUCGACAACACAUAGGAUGCGUUUUCUGUCCCAGUUGUAUAGCUUUGUAUGAGAAAUAUCAACCCAAAAAAAAGGAUGGUCCAGACACUUUUUACUGAGCACAAUAAAAUUAAAAGGGUGGCCACAAGGGUUCGAGAAGCUUUAAAAAAUACAACAAAUAUACAUAUUUGUAUUUCAAAAAAUAUUUGAACCCCAAUAAAUAAUUUCGCUUCCAAUGUA